CGGAGAAGUAAAAGGCGAGGUUAUGGACAGAAAUUUAGAUGUAUCAGGUCAGUAUAAACUGGGAUGGAGGGCUCAACACACAACUGCAGUAGUAGGAGAGGUCCUGUACUGCUGGGGAGGAGACCAGGAAGGUUUAGAUAAGUCACACGAUUCUCCUACAAAGAGAGAGUGUACUUCUGCUAUUGAUGUGUUUAACUUAUUAUCUGGUGUCUGGUCCUCUAAACCUACUAGAGGUACUCCUCCAUUGGGAAUUAAAGGAGUCUCUUGUGCUGUCAUUAAUAAUAAUAUUUAUUAUUUUGGCGGUUGGUGUGGCCAUGGCAGUUGCUACCUUAACAGUUUGAACUGUUUAGACACUUUAAUUCUUCAAUGGAAAGAGUUGCAACCAACUAGUGAUAAUUCUGUGACUAAGAGAGGCUAUGGUGGUAUGAUACCAAUGGGAAGUGAAGGUGAACCUCAACAGUUACUGGUUAUCGGUGGACUGGCUCCUAAAUUAGCUACUACACUGUAUCGUCAGUUUGAAUACAUUGAGAUACCCGGUGUUGAUGGUCAUGUUAGAACUAAUGAACAGAAUAUCUAUAACCUGUCUAGUGGACAAUGGAUUGUUCCAUUUGUCAGUGGACAAUGUUUUCCACCAACUAGUCUAUUUAUAGUUGAAAGGAUAAGUCAUAAUAAAGGAAUUAUGUAUGGAGGACUAGUGACUGAUGGUGGUAGAGAUAUUUCUACUAACAAUUCCUGUACCUGA